AUGGCAACCAAAGCAGAGAGUUUAUAUUGCCCACCCAAGAAGAAACUACGGCGAACCUUUUCAGAGCCGCAAACGACAGACUUCUCGCAAAACGUCGUGAACAGUUUCGUUAGCCGUUUGAUAAGUGAUUAUCAUACUCAAAAUUUAGAAGACUGUAUGGUGAUUUGGCUGGAUGCUAAUGCUGAGAAGAAAUCAAAAAAGUUUGAACGGACAAAGACACGUAUACGACGUAUCGUUAACUAUCUAAAACCGUUUAAUGAUGUGGAUGAAUGUAUUGCUUAUAUAACCGAUGUUAAAGAUGAGAAAAUAUUUUUCAUCGUUUCGGGUAAAUACGGUAAAAGGAUUUUACCAGUUAUUCAUAAUUUAUCGAAUAUCGAAUCCAUAUAUAUUUUUUGCUUUGACAAAGAUAAGCACGCUGUAUGGUCCGAAGAAUUCAACAAAGUUCGAGGAGUUUUCGUAGAAAGAGAGCCAUUACUCGCACAGCUAACGAAAGAUAUUUCUGACUACGUAGAUCGAACGCCUAUAACUGUAAUUCAAGGCAGCACAACACAAGAUCCGAAAAAUGAACCAGGAAAGUGUAUGUGGUUUCACAUAUUACUAUAUGUAUUGCUACGAUUACCUGAUUCACCAACUGUUAAAACCGAUAUGAUAAAUGAGUGCUUGAAUCAAUACAGGGAUGAUAAAGUUGAACAGCGAAAAAUUGAAGAAUUCAGAAACCAAUACAAAUGCGAAGAUGCAAUCUGUUGGUAUACGCGCGAUUGUUUUGUUUAUCGACUUAUUAACAAAGCGUUACGAACUGAAAAUAUUGAUCGCAUAUUUCUAUAUAGAUUUUUUAUUAUCGACUUGUAUAAGCAACUCAAGCGUUUACAUGAUGAGCAAUUUCCGGAUAAGCAAACUUUGACGUUAUAUCGCGGUCAGAACAUGCAUGCUGUCGAGCUUGAAAAAAUUCAAAAUAAUAUAAACGGUUAUAUCUCGGUGAAUACAUUCCUGUCUACCACAUCGUCCUCGAUUGUAGCAAGUGACUUUAGUGGAAACCUUGCAGUACACACUGACUCGACUUUAACAUCAGUCAUAUUUCAAAUAAAUGUUGACUCGACCAUUAACAAAACUAAACCUUUUGCACGAAUAAGCGAAGUUAGCGUUAAUAGUGACGAAGACGAGUAUCUUUUCACAAUGGGAACUAUUUUUAAAAUCCUAUCAGUUGAAAAAUUCACUGGCGAAGUUUGGUAUGUAACACUAGAGAUGGUUAGCGAGGAACAUGAACCCUUGAAAAAUCUAUUUGAUGAUUAUAAAGCAUCCAUUGGCGAAGAGUCUUCACUGUUGCUGCUCGGCGAGGUUUUAUCAUUAGACUUAAAUGAACAUAAGAAGGCUCGUCAUUAUUAUGAACUAUUAGUUCGAGAGUUGCCUGAAGAUGAUAUAAAUGUUGGAUACGCUUAUUGUAGAAUUGCAGUUAUGCUGGUCGAUGAGGAAAAUUAUGAAGAAGCUCUGUCGCUUUUCAAGAAAGCCAAGAAAAUAUAUUCGAAAGCAUUGACCGAAGAAACGCAAUACUAUUUAGCUGAGUUUUACAUCGAUUUGGCAGGUCUGCGGCAAAGCCAAAACAAUUACAAGGCAGCUUUAAAACUACAAAAAAAGGCUCUCAAAAUCCGGAAAACUCUAUAUGCAGAAGAUAAUAUAGCCUUAGCUAAUACAUAUAUGGCAUUAGCAAGUUCUUAUCAUGAACUUGAUAAAUUCUCAAUUGCAGUUAAGUACUAUAAAAAGUCAGACGAAAUAAAUCAACAAAAACUCCCAGAAAAUCAUCCUACUAUAGCUUUUACGUUGAGGAGUUUAGGUGACGUUUAUAAUGACCAGAGUAAUUACAAUGAGGCUAGAAAAUAUUAUGAAAAAGCACUUCAUAUACUACUUGAAUCGAUGCCGACCGAUAGUGUUUGUAUAGCAGAAUGCUAUUUGUCCUUAGGAAGACUAUGUUUAAAUUUAGAUGAGAAUCAAACUGCUUUGCAAAACUUUAAGAAAGGUCUGGCAAUUUUACUGAAAUCUCGAUCUGAAAACGAUACAAAUUUGGUUAAAGUGUACACUCAUAUUGGAUCAGUAUACAAGAAGCUAAAAUAUCCAAAUACUGCUUUAAAGUAUUACAAGAAAGCACUAAACAUUAUUGGCGAACAGUCUAAACCUUACUUAAACCAUCUUCUAGAGGCGUACUGUCACUUAUUAUAUUUUUAUUUCGAUCAAGACAAAUACUCUCAGACACUAAAAUAUUGCAGAAAAAUUUUACAGCUGAGAAAAUUUUGUGAGAACAAAUGCAUGAAUUUUUUUGCACAAGCCUACGAUAUGUUAGGACACGUUUAUUGCAUUCAGAAAAAAGGCAAGUUAGGAUUGAUGUAUUGUAAGAGAGCAUUAAAAGUUAGAAAAUUUAUAUAUCCGAACAAUCAUCCGUCGAUUGCCGAUUCUUAUAACAAUAUGGCAUAUGCGUCCGCUGAAUUAAAAAAACAUAACCUACGAUUAAAUUACGCGCUCAAAGCUUUAACAAUUCAUUUGAAUCCGUCAACUGAUUUUAAAAACGAACGCGAAAUCGUUGACACCUAUCGUGAAAUAAGCAAUGCACAUAUUGCAUUGGGCAAUUACUCUUCAGCAGUUCAAACUUUUACGGAUGCGAAAGAAUACACGAAUACUGCAGAGCAACUAGUCAAUAAUUACUUGAAUAUUGGUAAUGUCUACUUUUAUUAUCUAGAAAACUACGAAACUGCGAAAGAUUAUUAUGAAAAGGCAUUAAAGGUAUGUAAAGAUGCUUCGUUAGAAAACUGGUUUUCUGAAACAUACAGGGCCGUAGGUGAAAGUUAUCAACGUAUAGGAGACGGAUCUCUAGCAAUGAAACAUUACAGAAUUGCACUUUCAUAUGGAGAUGCUGCAGACAAUUCGAAAUAUAUUCUGGCAGAAAUCCACCAUAGUAUAGGAACAUUUUACGAAAAAACAGGAAAAUUUUCGAAAGCAUUAAAAAGAUAUCAUAAAGCUUCAUCUUACGGUGUUGAAAACGAAUUUUUUUUGGAGGAACUAUAUCACGACAUGGCAUCUAUAUACGAAAAGAUGAAUUCAUUUGAUGAAGCGAUUAAGUAUCAUAGGAAAGUCGUUAAUAUUCAUGAAAGUCACUCAGAUGAAUGCGAGGAUCCUGGUUAUGCUGCACAAUCCUAUAUACAAAUGGGAGUUCUAGCAUCUACAGUAUUGAAGAACGACACACAAUGCAUAAAAUAUACUGAAAAAGCUUUAUCUAUAUAUGAACAUUUGGGUAAUGUAGCUAUUGCAGAUAUGCAGCAUCUUUUCAUUGCUUACAAUAACCUUGGAGAUACUUAUAUGCGCUUAGAUGAAUAUGGAAUCGCAUUGGAACAUUUAGAAACUGCCAGAAAACUUGCUACGGAGAUUGGACUCCAUGAUGAGCAUCCACAAGUGAUUGAAAUCAAAACUCAAAUAACUAGUAUUAGAGAACAAACCAAGGGGGAACCGGCGGAUUUUUCGGAUUUUUAA